GAGGGACCUCUCCAGUGGAGAUGCCACUGGUUGCCUGUGUCCAUGUUCUGGAAAAGGUGGCCAAACUUGACUCCAUGGGAUCUGAGCAAAUGACCAUGCCAUUAUCGUUGGAGCAAGCUGUGACUGCCAUCUUGGAUACCUUCCAGAAGUAUGCAGCGCGGGGGGACAGGUUCAAACUCUCCCAAUGCGAGCUGAAAGAGUUGUUGCUGAAGGAGCUGCCCACCUUAACUCCGACUCGGCUCCGGGAGUGUGACUACAACACUUUCUUGAGUGCGAUGGAUACAAACAAGGACUGUGAGGUGGAUUUCACUGAGUAUGUCCGAGCCCUGGCCUGUCUCUGCCUCUACUGCCAUGAGUACUUCCGGGACUGUCCCCCUAAUCCUCCUUGUCCUUAGUAACCCUAUAAGUGGGAUGAGUCAGGGAUGGGGAAUGAUAAAAUGAAUUGAUGCAUGAGAAAGAGCUGUAACCUGGGUGUUAUGUCCCUGUCUGCCUGGAAGUUGUUUUGUAGAAACUGGAGGGUCACUUGUCAGCUCUGUGGAAAACCAGGUUCUCCUUUGAGGAUGGAUUGGACUACAUAGCCAUUAAGGUCUCCUAAUCUAGACAUUCCUUGAUCUGUCUCAGCUUUCAGUUUGAUUUAUGACCCUUAGGAAGGUAAUUUCCCUUCUAAUCUCCCAUCUCUGUUGCUUCCCCUUAGGCCUGUGAUAUUCUAUUAUAAUUCGAGAAUAAACUAAGAAAGUACUUUGGGGAGGUAAAGAGAAGAUACAGAGAGAUGGUGGGGUUAGCUGGAACAAGGUACCAGGGAUGAAAUUCCUUUCUUUGUUAAUGUGCUCACCACUGUGAAUGAUCUCUCAAU